AUGACCCCACGGGAACAGCUGAGAAAGAUGACAGCACUGGGAGAACAGGGCGCACUGGAUGAGAAACACUGGUAUCGGCUGGUCAACAGCAUGUCUGCUGGAGAGCUAAGACAGAGGCAGGAGUUGAUGAUGCGCAACCAGAUGGCCAUGGCUCCACAGAUUCUAGCCCAGGGCCAGCAGAGAUUACAGGGCGUCCCGGCCCAGUUUGAGCCCCGCUUCAUGGAGAGGGAGCUUAUCCCUCCUAAUGAGAUGGUAUCCUCUGAGGCAAGACAGAUGCAUCUUGGAACUCACCUGGGCCCACCCCUUCCCCCACAUGCCAGUGUCCUCCCUGGGAGAGGCUUUCCUGGAGCAGGCUAUGGUUUCUUGCCCUCGGAGCCCAUAGAAAAUGUUGCCCGGCGACAGGAACUCAUUCACAAGCAGAAUAUAGCCAGAAUGGAGAUGAAUGCCAUCCUACAUCAGAAAGAGUUGGAGAAUGCCCACCAGAAAGGGCUGAUGGGAAUAGACAAUCCCAUGAUGUACCAGUCCAACCCCAUGGCGUUCAGAGGUCGCCAGCGGAUGCCUGACAGCCAUGAUGUCUUUGUCCAACGCCCCACCCUGGAUGAAUUGCACUCCAACAGCAUACUGAUGUCGGCCAGCCCCUACCCACCAAUCAGCACGCUCCAAAGAGAGAGAGGACGUAGGGCCGGCAGAAGACCAGCUAGUCAGAAGAGCACAGAGAGUCAUGUGCCCAGCUUGAAGGGCCAAACGGAAGAUAAAGGUGUUGAGCGGAGCCCGGGGGCCAUUUCAGGGGAAGAGAAAGAGGCAGAUGUGAAGGGGGACAUGGGAGAGGAGGCUGCCAAUGGCAAGACACACCAUCAAACCAAAAUGGACUCUGAGCUUGACACAGGAAGCAGGAAGAACUACAAAGAGGGGGAGCAGAGCCUCCAUAAAGCCUGUGUCAACAGCCAGGAUGGCUGCUCCGAUGUGACCAACACCAGCAGCACUGAUAAAGACAUGUCUAGCCAAUGCUCUGCUUUUCAGGACAAAUUCAUGUAUCCUGCCUCUGGUGGACCUCUCACAGGCAUGCCUUACAUGUGCCCUGUCCCAGGAAAUGGUCUCCUUCCAUCAGGCCCAGCCAAUCUCUUUCUCAAUGGGGAAGAUGCAUCUGAGGACAUACGGAAGUGGACAGUGGAUGACGUCUACAACUUCAUCAACAGCAUACCCACCUGCGCAGAAUAUGCUCAGAUGUUCAAGGACCACAUGAUUGAUGGGGAGACACUGCCCCUCCUCUCGGAAGAGCAUCUCCUGGACACAUUGGGACUGAAGCUAGGGCCAGUCCUCAAGAUCCGCUCACAGGUUUCCAGGCGUAUGGGCAGUAUGUUCUAUAUGAUGAACCUGCCGCUCCCCACUGCUGCCCUGCAGCCUACCCCCGAAAAACCUGGGGACCGCUCCUCGGAGAUUGGUUCCCCCGUCAACUGCAACAGCGAGGAUAUGUUGGGAAGUCCAAGAGACGCAGACCUCCUCAAAUCCACAGAGCACCUACACGAGACAGAAAACAACUCCCCUCCAUCUGCCAGCAGUGAGACAGCCUGA